AUGGCCACUAUUGACACUGAUGAUACGGUUAUAGGGCAGAUCCAGUAUCUUGCCAGAGACGACCAACACCAGCUGGUGAAACCGUAUUAUCUGUACCUCGACUAUGACUACGACCUUGCACCCACAAACACCACCGCCGACGACCGUCUCGUCCAGAUCCGCAAUGCUCGGAGUCUGGACAUUCCAGCGAAAGAGAUGUUCUUCCAGUGGGGCUUUGCUCAAUUCCAUCUUGAUUGUCCUUUGACUCCCGAGGAGUAUUGGUAUAAGGAGAAAGUGGAAAAAAUCCUAUACCCGAAAUACAAGUCGAUUGCUCGGUCUCUGUUCCCAGAUGCUGCGCGAGUUGAAGUCCUUGAGCACGCUACGCGCAAACGUCACCCUCGUUGGAUGUCUGAGACUAUAGAACGGCACCAUCUCAAGACCAACCAACCGAGUGAUUAUGUGCACAUUGAUAUGACGGCCUCCUCGGCUGCCAAAUGCGCCAUCAAGCAAUUCAACAUCCACCCGAAGGAUUACUCCAGAUUCGUCGUUAUGAACAUAUGGAAACCAAUAAAAGGACCCGUAUACGACUUCCCGCUCACGCUCUGCGACCGCCGCACCGUGGACUACGUAUCGCAGACCACGGCCAUGGAUGUCGUGACCAAUAAUUUCGCCAACGAGAAUUCGCGCGUAUAUUUCGACGAGAAGCACGAGUGGUACUACUGGCACGGCUUGCAGGUCGAUGAGGUGGUCGCUUUUAUACAGGCUGAUUCUGAAUUGCCGAAUCGAGCAGGUACGUAUUAUGGACUCUAUAUUUAUCUUUGUCGUGUUUGA